GCCGGCUGGCGUCUCCGGCAGGCGGGAGCGAGGCGGCUGACGGGCGCGGCGGCGGGCGGCCGAGCGCUCCUCAGGCUCUGGCGCGAGCACGGGCGGCAUGUCCAUGGGGCCGGCCCGCGGCGCCCCGGCCUGGUGAGAGCAUUUCCACUGCUGCUCCAAGGACACAAAGUUUGAAAUUCCCAGAUAAUUACCUUUGAGAAGCUGGAAAUAAUUUCCUUAACUCCAUCUCUUAGUUUCCAUAGGCACAUUGAGAAACCAUGAACAACUUUAAUAAGGAAGAGAUUGACUGCCACAUCCUUGAUGAAGGCUUUACUGCCAAGGACAUUCUGGACCAAAAAAUUAAUGAAGUUUCUUCUUCUGAUGAUAAGGAUGCUUUUUAUGUUGCGGACCUUGGAGACAUUCUAAAGAAACAUCUAAGGUGGUUAAAAGCUCUUCCUCGUGUCACUCCCUUUUAUGCAGUCAAAUGUAAUGAUAGCAGAGCCAUAGUGAACACCCUAGCUGCCAUUGGGACAGGAUUCGACUGUGCAAGCAAGACUGAAAUACAGUUGGUGCAGAGUCUUGGGGUACCUCCAGAGAGGAUUAUCUAUGCAAAUCCCUGUAAACAAGUGUCUCAAAUUAAGUAUGCUGCCAGUAGUGGAGUCCAGAUGAUGACUUUUGAUAGUGAAGUUGAGUUGAUGAAAGUCGCCAGAGUGCACCCAAAGGCAAAGUUGGUUUUGAGAAUUGCCACUGAUGAUUCCAAAGCAGUCUGUCGCCUCAGUGUUAAAUUUGGUGCCACACUCAAAAUCAGCAGACUUCUCUUGGAACGGGCAAAAGAGCUAAAUAUUGAUGUCAUUGGUGUCAGCUUCCAUGUAGGGAGUGGCUGUACGGAUCCUGAGACGUUUGUUCAAGCAGUAUCUGAUGCCCGUUGUGUCUUCGACAUGGGAGCUGAGAUUGGUUUCAGCAUGUAUCUGCUUGAUAUUGGUGGUGGUUUUCCUGGAUCUGAGGAUGUGAAGCUUAAAUUUGAAGAGAUCACCAGUGUGAUCAACCCAGCGCUGGAUAAGUACUUUCCAUCAGACUGUGGUGUGAGAAUCAUAGCAGAGCCGGGCAGAUACUACGUUGCAUCAGCUUUCACGCUUGCAGUCAAUAUCAUUGCCAAAAAAAUUGUGCUGAAGGAGCAGACUGGCUCCGAUGAUGAAGAUGAAUUGAAUGAGCAAACCUAUAUGUAUUACGUGAAUGAUGGAGUAUACGGAUCAUUUAAUUGCAUCCUUUAUGAUCAUGCACAUGUGAAGCCCUUGCUACAGAAGAGACCCAAACCAGAUGAGAAGUAUUACUCCUCCAGCAUUUGGGGACCAACAUGUGAUGGCCUUGAUCGGAUCGUUGAACGCUAUAACCUUCCUGAAAUGCAUGUGGGUGAUUGGAUGCUCUUUGAAAACAUGGGUGCAUACACUGUUGCUGCUGCUUCUACUUUCAAUGGAUUCCAGAGGCCUACUAUUUAUUAUGUGAUGUCACGACCAAUGUGGCAACUCAUGAAGCAAGUUCAGAAGCACGGCUUCCCGCCUGAAGUGGAGGAGCAGGAUGUCAGCACUCUGCCCAUGUCUUGUGCUCAGGAGAGUGGGAUGGACCGUCACCCGGCAGCCUGUGCUUCCACUAGUAUCAAUGUGUAGAUACCAUUCUUGUAGCUCUUAACUGCGAGUGUAGCUUGAAUUAAGGGAUUUGGGGGGUCCACUUAACUUAAUGACUGCUAGUUUUGAAAUGUCUUUGUACGAGUAGGGCUGGCACAGAUGCAGCAGUGUGGAAGGCUAGGCAAUGGGGUCACACUUAUCUGUGUUCCUAUGGAAACUAUUUGAAUAUUUGUUUUAUAUGGAUUUUUAUUCACUUUUCAAACAUACUAAAGUGUGCCCCUCAGCUGCUGAGCAAGCAUUUGUAGCUUGUACAAUGGCAGAAUGGGCCCAAAGCUUAGUGUUGUGACCCAUUUUGAAAAUAAAGUAUCUUGAAAUAA